AUGUCCCAGCCAAACCUAUCAGACCUUCUCAGAACAGCUUCAGUAGACCUGGCCCCCUACGAAGACCUCUACAAGUACUUCCACGCGCACCCCGAACUCUCCCGCCAAGAACAAACCACCUCAGAAACACUCGCAGCGCAUCUCGCCCGCCUGAAUGUCUACGAGCUGCACACUCACAUCGGCGGCUACGGACUGGCGGGCGUCUUCCGCAACGGCACCGGCAAGACCGUCCUACUCCGCGCCGACAUGGACGCCCUCCCCGUCAAGGAGCUGACAGGCCUCCCCUACGCCAGCACGGCCACCAUGCGCGACGCCGACGGCACCGUCAAGCCCGUCAUGCAUGCCUGCGGCCACGACAUGCACAUCACCUGCCUCCUCGCGGCGGCAGAGACGCUCGCGCAGCUGCGGCAUGCAUGGCGCGGCACGCUGAUCGUGCUGUUCCAGCCGGACGAGGAGCGCGGCGGCGGCGCGCAGGCGAUGGUGGCCGACGGGCUGUACGACCGUGUCCCCGUGCCGGACUACGUGCUCGGCCAGCACGUCAUGCGAAUGCGCGCGGGCAGCGUGGGCUCGCGGGCGGGCGCGAUCAUGGCCGCCGCGGACAGCAUGAAGAUCACGGUGUUUGGGCGCGGCGGGCACGGGUCCCAGCCGCAUCAGACGGUGGACCCGGUGCUGCUGGCGGCGCAUAUCGUGGUCCGGCUGCAGGGGAUUGUGAGUCGGGAGAUCGACCCGGGCGAGCUGGCGGUCGUCACUGUCGGCAGUCUGCAGGCCGGCCAGACGGAGAAUGUCAUCGCGGACCGGGCCGAGAUCGGGGUGGACUUCCGGUCUGUCCGCGGGGAGGUGCGCGAGCAGAUCGUCGCGGCGAUUAGACGCAUUGUCGAGGCGGAGUGCGUUGCCAGUGGCUCGCCUAGGCCGCCGGUGUUUACGCCCACGAGGCGCUUUCCGCCUACCGUUAACGACGGCGACGUGGCAUCGCGGGUGGCGGCGACGUUUGCGACGCACUUUGAUGACUUUGAUGCGGAUGUGCCGCGGACUAAUGUGAGUGAGGAUUUCUCGACCCUGGCCACCUGUCGCGGGAUCCCGAGCUGCUUCUGGCUUCUCGGGGGCAUUGAUCCGGAGCUUUGGGAUCGCGCGCAGGCGGAAUCGCGCAUGGAGGAUAUCCCCGGGAACCAUUCGGCGCUGUUCGCGCCUGUCAUCCAGCCCACGAUGAGGGCUGGGGUGGAUGCAUUGUGUCUGGCGGCUUUGACUUUCUUGGAGAAGUAG